AUGGAAUCCGGUCGUUUUGAUUACCUUUUCAAAUUUCUAAUUAUCGGAAAUGCUGGAACUGGCAAAACGUGCAUUUUAAGGCGGUAUACUGAACAAAAAUUUUUUCCAAAUACUCAGUAUACAAUUGGCGCUGAAUUCGGCAGUAGAGUCAUCAGCGUUGAUGGAACACAAGUUAAAAUUCAAAUCUGGGAUACGGCAGGCCAAGAACGCUUUCGUUCGAUGGCGCGAUCAUAUUACCACGACGCUGUUGGCACUCUGCUGGUCUACGAUGUGACUAAUCGAGCGUCGUUUAGCGCAGUUGAACAAUGGCUUGGAGACGCAAGACAAUUAGCCAGUCCCGAAGUUGUUGUCAUUCUUGUCGGAAAUAAAAAAGACCUUCAGGACACUGAUGGCCAGGUGACCCACUGGGAAGCUAGCACUUUUGCACAGGAGAAUAACCUCCAGUUUAUAGAAACCUCAGCUCUGACAGGCGAGAAUGUUGACGAUGCAUUCACUUCUUGUGUGCGGGUCUUGCUGGCCAAAGUUAAAUCAGGUGAAAUAUCUACUGAUAGGCUACUUGGUAGCAACAUGCGCUCUCAACGAGUCAACCUUGCUGUCCCUCCUGAACUAAACCGCUUGCAAUCAUCAACUACCAUGCGCAAUGCCGACCGAGCUGGCACAUGCUCAUGCUAA